AUGUUUAUUAUUAGAGAUGUUCUUCUGGCUGAGAGUGAUUGUAUUAGCCUCUUUGUGAAAGGAUUACUUGUUGAAUAUGAGGUUAAAGUGAAGAAAGUUGACACUUUAGAUGAUGUUAUUGUGGUUGCUCAAAAUAUUAAGGAUACGAUUAUGAGGAAGGUAAGAAAUAAGCAAAGGGUAGAGAAGAAGAGAGCCCAAAGCAAGGUGUGCUACAAAUGUGGUAAUCCUAACCACGUGUCCUUUAAAUAUAAGAAGAAAGUUUGUGAUGUCGAUUGUUAUUCUUGUCAUGAAAAAUGUCACAUCAACAAAGCUUUCCUAAAGAAGAAGAGUGAAGUUAUAGUGCAGAAUAUGGGGAAGAAAGUGAAGCCAACCGAAGUCAAAGCUCGUGUUUUUCAGUUGACUGCCGAGGAAGCGAGGGAGGCUCCGGGAAUGGUGUCAGGGCAGCAACAUGCAAUGGAUAUGCCGGCUCAUUCAUCAAGCUGGGAACCAACUCCCAAACCUUUGAUACCAGGUUUACCUCCAUUCCAAGUCCCCACGGCUAGACAACCGAAAAGAGUGAGAUGCCUUCUUCCUUUUUUCCCGCUAUGCUUCAAUCUGUGGCAUUCUUGUCCAAUCGAUUGCUCAAACCACUGUUUCAUGGAUUGUGUUUCCUGCAAGCCAGUUUGUAGUUGCAAUAUGCCGGGAGCUGUGUGUCAAGACCCACGAUUUGUAGGAGGAGAUGGUGUCACAUUCUACUUCCAUGGUCGUAAAGAUCAAGACUUCUGUCUUGUAUCCGACGCCAACCUUCACAUCAAUGGUCACUUCAUCGGAAAACGAAACCCUAAACUCACUCGUGACUUCACAUGGGUGCAAUCCAUUGGAAUAUUGUUUGACGAUCACAAACUCCUUGUCGAAGCCAAGAGAACGUCGACAUGGGAUGAUAGCGAAGAACAUCUUUUUAUAUUUUUCGACAAUACUCCUCUAUCCAUUGAAGGGAAAAACUGGAUUUAUCGUAAUUCGUCUCUACAGAUCUCUAGAACAAGCCCGACUAAUGGUAUUGCAAUUGAAGUAGAGAACAGUUUCAGGAUUACAGCCACCGUGGUGCCGAUUAGUGCGGAAGAAUCAAGAGUUCAUGGUUAUAAUAUCACAGAUGAUGAUUGUUUCGCUCAUUUGGAUUUAGGGUUUAGGUUUUUUAAUCUAAGUGAUGAAGUGGAUGGGGUUUUAGGGCAAACAUAUGGGAGAAAUUAUGAGAGUAAGAUUAAGGUUAGUGCGAAUAUGCCAGUUAUGGGUGACAAACCCAAGUACUUGACGUCGGAUAUAUUUGCUACUGAUUGCCCUGUUUCCCGAUUCGUUAGUCGGAAUGCGAUUCCAGUGUUGGAUUCUGGAGAACGAUUCUAGUCUGGUUUUUGAAUGCAAUACAUGUACCAAUCACAAAUAAAUAAAAAUAAGAAAUGCA